AUGGCUGGCGAAGGGCAGCUGCAAGUCGCCACAGUGACCUUGGAGCCUCGUGGGCAUUCAUGUCCUGGAAAUCGGGGACAGCCCGGGGGCCCGAAGAGGGCCCUGGGGACCCUGGGGGUCUUGGGAAGGCCAGAAGGUGCAGCCAGGGAUACAGAGGUCACUCCAGAGCCCGAAAUCUUAAACUCCGCACGCACCUUCCUUAUCCCGAGACGCUCAGACGAUUCCUCGGGGUGGCUCGGGGCCCACGAGCCCGAGUUCAUCGUUUUCCGCCUUAACGGCGACUAUGGUAACGCUGUAACUGACGGCGCGGGAAGGUGCAGGCACCGUCCCCAGAACCAUUUCCUCCUGGCAGUCCAGAAGGACCAGGAGGUAACUGCAAGCGGCCCGCGAGCAGCCCCCGGCCGGCCCAGCCCAGCCCAGCCCAAGUACCCUCUUCCCGCCAGGGAUGCCGGCCUCGGGGCAGGAGGCGGGGGCUCGCCGUCGCGCGCAGCCUUUCCUCGGAAGCCUCCGUUACCCCCGGGUACCUCACGUCCCCGCGAAAGCACCUCAGACCCCGGCCCCUCUGCCCAGGACGCUCCCAUUUGCUCCGCGGUCUCCCUAACCCCAGCCGCAGCUCUCCGCUUCCGCCUCGUGCCCGCCGGAAGUGACGAACCGGACGCGUCGCUCUUCCCACGGGGGGGCGGGGAAGGAAGAUGGCGGCGCCCAGCAGCCGGUGAGGAGAGAGGACACGGGGCUCCCAGGGGGCGGCUGGAUUCUUGCGUGAUGGCCGCAUCCCCGCAUACUCUCUCCUCACGCCUCCUGACAGGCUGGGGAGGAGGAUGCAUCUGGUAUCUAGAAAGAAGAGCCACGCGGCAGUCCCCUUGUAGGUUCCUGCAUCUUCUCAGGAACGUCAGUCAGCAGCGGGUCACAUUUCAACACUUUAACUUCCUCCGGCGCAUGUAUGUCACACAACUAAACAGAAGCCUCAAGCAGCAAAUAAAACCGAAGCCAGAACCAACAGAAUCUCCUUUCCUUGAAAAAACUUCCUUGGAUGAGGCCAAAGCCGAAAUAUGCGAGAUGAGACCUCUUGUACCCCCCAGCCUGCCUCUGUCCAGAAAGCCAAGUGAAAAAGCGUUGAUAGAACUAGAACCUGCCUCAGUAACUGAGGGCUCCGUAGCUCUGGGGAGAGAGACGAAAGAGGAGAAGCAGUGGAAAGAGAUGAAACUGCGUGCGGAUGAUCUGCCAGGAAUCCUGGCCCGGCUGUCCAAAAUCAAACUCACAGCCCUGGUCGUCAGCACCACCUCAGCCGGCUUCGCCCUGGCUCCAGUGCCUUUUGACUGGUCCUGCUUCCUGCUUACGUUUGUUGGAACAGGCCUGGCUUCCUGCGCUGCCAACUCCAUCAAUCAGUUUUUUGAGGUUCCGUUUGAUUCAAACAUGAACAGGACAAAGAACAGACCUCUGGUUCGUGGACAGAUCAGCCCGCUGCUUGCCGUGUCCUUCGCCACAGGCUGUGCGGUUCCCGGAGUCGCCCUGCUGACCUGGGGCGUGAACCCGCUCACGGGCGCCCUGGGCCUCUUCAACAUUUUCCUAUACACCUGCUGCUACACCCCGCUCAAGAGGGUCAGCAUCGCCAACACGUGGGUGGGGGCGGUCGUGGGGGCCAUCCCCCCCGUCAUGGGCUGGACCGCGGCCACGGGCAGCCUGGAUGCUGGGGCCUGUCUUCUGGGAGGAAUCCUCUACUCCUGGCAGUUCCCUCACUUCAACGCGCUGAGCUGGGGCCUCCGUGAGGACUACUCCCGGGGCGGCUACUGCAUGAUGUCCGUCACCCACCCGGCCCUGUGCCGGCGCGUCGCCCUGCGCCACUGCCUGGCAUUGCUCGGCAUGUGCGCCGCCGCGCCCGCCCUGGACGUCACCACUUGGACCUUCCCGGUCAUCGCCCUGCCCAUCAACCUGUACAUCUCCUACCUCGGCUUCCGGUUCUACCGGGACGCGGACCGGAAGAGCUCCCGGAAGCUGUUCUUCUGCAGCCUCUGGCACCUGCCGCUGCUCCUACUGCUGAUGCUCACCUGCAAGCGACGGGUCGGGGAGGAGGGCGCGGGGGCGCCGCGGAGCUGA